AUGGACGGACAGGGGGAGAGAGCCACUGAGAUACCUAUGGCCAAUCAUUGGAGGCCCCCAGUGGCGGGAACUGUCAAACUAAACACGGACGCAUCAUUCAUAGCUGACAGCGGCGACUCCCAUUCGGGAGCAAUCGCGCGGGACCAUAGGGGUUUUGUCCUCUUCUCGCUGUCCAAACGAUGCGUGCGAUGCAUGUCCGCUAUGGAAGCUGAAGCGCAGGCCCUUCUGACGGGGCUGCGGCACCUGUCCGCUCUUUAUAGGGGUCCAAUGGUUGCGGAAACGGACUGCAUGAACCUUGUGAAUGAACUGAGGCCGGGAACUAGUAAUUUAUCUGCCUGCUACCCGGUACUCGUUGAUAUCAAGGAGGAGCUCGGAAAGUUUGCUGCCGCUCAGGUCCUAUACGCCAGCAGGAAUCAAAACAAAGUGGCUCAUCUAUUGGCGGGCCAUGCUAGGAAAAAGGAGGAGAUGUAUUUGGCGGCGGGUGUUCCGGAUGAUCUGAACGCAGCGCUAGCUGCCGACCUCGUGUUGGCUGAAGAAUAG